UCAUCAUCAUCUCCACGACGGAAGAGGGAUCGCUUGACUUUGUCAUCAUGACCGUAUGAUCAUCAUCAUCAUCAUCUCCACGACGGAAGAGGGAUCGCUUGACUCUGUCAUCAUGACCGUCAUCAUCAUCAUCAUCAUCUCCACGACGGAACAAGUGAGGGAAGGAGCUUCGACUCACACGCUUAUUAGUCCAGUUACUAACGUCUUGUUUACUUUGAUGAUUUUUCAAAUUUGCUUCGGCUUGUACUGCUACAACAGCUGCAGCUACAAUACCAAGUAAAACAGUGUUCAACUUCAUUAUAAAAUAUAUGGAUAGUACAUAGAAAAUAAUAUAAAAAAAGAGAAAAGAAAAAAAAAGAAAAUGGAAGAUGUUUGCUUACUUUUAUAUCUAAAUGACGGAUCACUUUCCGCUCUCCUACAU